UCACCUCAAUUUCCCCAUUGAGUAAGACAACAAUUGAUUCCACUUCAUCAUCUUCGUAUAUCAAACUUGCAUGCCAUCUUCUUCCUUUUCAUUCUUUGCACACAGAAAAACAAAAUCUUAGAGAGAGAGAGAGAGAGAGAAAUGGAAAUGGAAGCAAGGAUUCUUGUUGAAGACAACACUGUUGAUUGGAGAGGCAGACCUUCCAACCCUGACAAACAUGGAGGAAUGAAAGCCGCCGUUUUCGUUCUCGGGCUUCAAGCUUUUGAGAUAAUGGCCAUUGCUGCAGUUGGGAACAAUCUGAUUACUUAUGUAAUAAAUGAGAUGCACUUCUCUCUGUCAAACUCAGCAAAUAUAGUGACAAAUUUUAUUGGCACCAUCUUUCUCUUGGCCCUCCUUGGUGGCUACCUCUCAGAUUCUUAUCUUGGGACUUUCUGGACCAUGGUCAUCUUUGGUUUUGUCGAACUUUCCGGAUUUAUAUUAUUAUCAGUCCAAGCUCAUCUUCCUCAAAUGAAGCCACCACCUUGCAAUAUAAUAACUGAUCGGGCAAACUGUGAAGAAGCAAAGGGCUUCAAGGCCUUUAUAUUUUUUCUAGCACUUUAUUUAGUGGCCUUGGGCAGUGGAUGUGUGAAGCCAAACAUGAUUGCUCAUGGAGGUGACCAAUUCAAUCAGAACAAUCCCAGGCAAUCAAAGCAGCUCUCCACCUACUUCAAUGCUGCAUAUUUUGCUUUCUCCAUGGGUGAACUUAUUGCCCUCACAGUUCUUGUUUAUGUCCAAACUCAUUCCGGCAUGGAUGUUGGCUUCGGAGUCUCGGCGGCUGCCAUGGCAAUUGGCCUCAUCAGCUUGGUUUCUGGCACUCUUUAUUAUAGAAACCAGCCCCCUCGAGGCAGCCUCCUCACCCCCAUUACUCAGGUUUUUGUAGCAGCCAUUUUAAAGAGAAAACAAAUUUGUCCCUCUAACCCUGAGAUGCUCCAUGGAAGCCAAAACAAUCUGACCUGCGACAAUUCAAACAAUUUAGGACUCCUCCAAACACCAAGGUUCAGAUUCUUGGACAAAGCCUGCAUCAACGUUGAAGAUGGAAGCGGCAGAAAAGAAAGUCCAUGGAGAUUGUGCACUGUCACUCAAGUUGAACGAGUCAAAGUUAUAAUUUCAGUGGUGCCAAUUUUUGCUUGCACAAUUAUUUUCAAUACAAUUUUAGCUCAGCUUCAAACAUUUUCAGUCCAACAAGGGAGCACCAUGAACGCAAAACUCACAAAUUCCUUCAGCAUUCCUCCAGCUUCCCUUCAAUCCAUCCCCUACAUUAUCCUCAUCUUCCUGGUACCCCUCUAUGACACAUUCUUCGUUCCCUUUGCAAGAAAAUUCACAGGCCAUGAAUCAGGCAUCUCCCCUCUUCAAAGAAUCGGCGUCGGACUCUUCGCCGCAACGUUUUCAAUGGUUGCAGCUGCCCUGAUGGAGAAGAAAAGACGAGACCUAGCUGUAAACUCGAACGAAAUCAUAUCGAUCUUCUGGAUCACCCCACAAUUCUUGAUUUUCGGCCUCUCGGAAAUGUUCACAGCCGUUGGAUUGAUUGAGUUCUUCUACAAACAAUCCGUUCAAGGCAUGCAGGCAUUUUUAACAUCUUUAACCUACUGUUCAUACUCAAUUGGAUUCUAUUUAAGCUCAGUUUUGGUUUCUGUGGUGAACAAAAUUACUUCAAGAACUUCAAAGGAAGGAUGGCUUAGUGACAAUGAUCUCAAUAAAGACCGAUUAGACCUCUUCUAUUGGAUGCUAGCAUUGCUCAGUAUACUCAAUUUUGUGAAUUAUCUCUUUUGGGCAAGAUGGCAUUCUCGUAAUUCAACUCCAUUAGUCAAUCGGAAGCAGGAAUAUGAUCAAAUGAUGAAACAAGAGGAGGAUUUGAGCCACAAUAGCAAUAAUUCGUCAAAGAAUAAUAAUGGGAAUAUUAAUGGAGAUGAAAGCAUAGCUUAAAAUGAUGAUGUGAUGGCAUUGUUAAUGAAUUAUAUAUAUGAUAUUAUAUAUAAUUUCAUGUAUUUUAUCUCAUUGUUAAUGAAUUAUAUAUAUGAUAUUAUAUAUAAUUUCAUGUAUUUUUGUAGUAUAAUUAAGUUAAACAAGCUACAUAAAAGGAUGCUUAAUGGUGGAAGCGUAUAUAAAUAAGAGAAGAAAGCCACUAGGGGAUUCUUGUUAAUGGCUACAUGCAUAUCUACCAACUUGAGGAUCAGCAUCAAAUAUUGUGUGUGCGUGUGUUUUUCAGAUGAUUUUGUAAAUUAGUUUAAUUUUUUGAGUUGAUAAUAUAGCACCUCAAAGUCCAAAUCAU